AUGCAAACGAGUAUAGGAGUAGUGAGGGGUCGGACACUACAUGUGUUGGACACAAAUGUGGAUCAGUUUGUGGGCAUUCCAUACGCCGAACCCCCGGUCGGCAAACUUAGGUUUGCAAAACCCGAACCCAUUAUAAAGCCAUUCCCCGAUAUAAUCGAUGCGACAAAAUUUAAAAAUUCAUGCAUACAACCACCAAAUAUACAUAUGACACCACCAGGCUUAAAUUACAGUGAAGAUUGUUUGGUGCUUAACAUAUGGACAACAAAUACCACAGCAUUAAAGCCAGUGAUGUUUUGGAUACACGGAGGGGGGCUUACUAUUGGUUCAAUAUUUCAAGAUUGGUAUAACGGGAGCGUUUUGGCCACCAAUGAUGUGGUGGUUGUGUCCGUCAACUAUAGGUUAGGACCGUUUGGUUUCCUAUUCGGGGAUCGGGAGGACGCGCCCGGAAAUAUCGGCUUUUAUGACCAGUUGUUGGGCUUAAAAUGGGUUAGAGAAAACAUCCACUCAUUUGGCGGAGAUAGGGAUCGGAUCACCAUUUUUGGUCAAAGCGCCGGCAGUUGGUCCGUAUCGGCACAAAUACUAUCCCCGCUCUCAAAAGGUAUGUUUCAGAGGGCUAUUGUGCAGAGCGGAGCCGCAAUGUAUAAUAAGGACAGGGAUGUGGUCAACAAAACUGAAGCCAUAUCUCAGGGCAAAGAAAUUGCAAAACAAUUGAAAUGCAAUGAAACCGAGGAUUGGAUACAAUGUCUGCGAAGAGCGGACGCCAGGAAUAUAGUGAAACAUAUAAACAUUUUCGCCACUUAUCCGGUGUUUGGCACAGAAUUUUUGCCCAUUAGUGCCCGACAGGCCUUCAACGAGAAAAAGUUUAAUACAGAAAUUGAUAUAAUCGCUGGUAUCACAAAAAAUGAAGGCGCAUAUUUUAUUCCGCUUCUAAUAAAAGACCCUGCUCAUAUGACACUCACCGAUUUUAACAACGGACUAAAAACUAUAGAUUCUUUGGGGUUUCACAAUAUAAAUGUGCCAAAAGUAACGGAACAAUACCUGAAAAGUGUUAACACUAGCGAUUCUAUGGCCCUCUGGACAGCAUUGGGGGCAAUAUAUGGUGAUAUAUAUCUCGGUUGUACGACAUAUCUGUUCGCCAAACGGUUCGCACAAACUGUCAAAGAGUCGCAAAGGGUUUACUUUUACGUGUUGUUGUACGCGAGUAAUUGGUUCGCAAAGCAGUUGGGUUGCGAUGUAACGACCAUGGGCAUUUGUCACGGCAAUGAUGUACCUUUUGUGUUUGGUCUGCCAUUACUUAACCCCAACGAUUAUAUUCCCGAAGAUAUAUUUUACGCUAAUGUUGUGAUGAAAAUGUGGGCUAAAUUUGCAAAAGACGGUCAUAUGGACUCUGAUUGGCCACAAUUUCUAAACGAUGACCCGAGCGGUGCGCCCAAAGUUCGCGGUUUAGACCCAAAGGACUUACGGCUAGUACUGAGUGACCCGUUUCAUGAAACAUGUGAUGGCGUGUGGGCCGACUACUUCUUAUAG